AUGGGUAGCAUUAAGACUGAGACGUGGGAGCUGGCGGCCGCCAAGAAACGAGAGUCCCUCGCGGCAUCUCUCCCCUCAGAAUGGCUGGUUCCCAAGAACCUCCUGCCCCCAGACUCCCAAGACGACGUCACAUCGUGGCCCGAGACUUCGGGCUGGUUCACCGAGACAGAGCUCGCCAUCACGAACAGCGAUGCCGCCGACCUGAUCCCCAAGCUCGCAUCAGGAGAGCUGAAGUCGCUAGAAGUAACGAAGGCAUUCUGCAAGAGGGCUGUCGCCGCUCAUCAGUUGACAAACUGCCUUUCAGAAACAUGUUUCGACCGCGCACUCGCAACGGCAAAAGCCAGAGAUGAACAUCUCGAGCGCACAGGAAAGCCCAUCGGCCCCUUCCACGGCCUGCCCAUCUCCCUCAAGGACAACUUCAAUCUCAAGGGACUCGACGCCACCGUAGGCUUUGUUUCUCACAUUGGCAACCCCUCCGAGUACGACGCUGCGCUCGCGACGUUGCUGGAGGAGGCCGGCGCCGUCUUUUACGUCAAGACGAACGUGCCGACGGCGAUGAUGAUUGCGGAAUCGGUCAACAACGUCUUUGGCCGGACAGUGAACCCUAGGAACAGGAAUCUUACUAGCGGUGGGAGCUCCGGCGGCGAGUCUGCGCUUAUUACAUUCAAGGGCAGUCCGCUUGGUAUCGGAACGGAUAUUGGUGGUUCUCUCCGCAUUCCCGCCGCGUGCACCGGCAUCUUCACCCUCCGACCAUCCUUCGGCCGCUUCCCCACCUUAGGCUGCCGCUCCGGCAUGGGCGGCCAGGAAGCCGUCCAGUCCGUCAACGGACCCAUGACCCGGACCAUCACCGAUCUCGAACUCUACAGUAAAACCGUCGUCAACCAAAAGACCUGGCUUUACGACCCGCGCUGUGUACCCAUCCCGUGGCGCGAAGAGCAACUCCCUUCCAAGCUGAAGAUCGCAGUCAUGUGGAACGACGGCAUGGUCAGACCCACGCCACCCGUAGCCCGCGCACUUAAGGCGACUGUCGAGAAAUUGAAGGCCGCUGGUAACGAUAUCGAGAUUGUCGACUGGGAGCCCAUUGAUCACAGGCAGGGACUGACUUUGAUCGAGCGCAUGUUUGUCGCUGACGGCGGUAUCUCUAUCCAAAAGGAGCUUGAGAAGACGGGAGAGCCACUCAGGCCUGAGAUGGCGGCGUACGGGACUGCGAAGGAGCUUGGGACGUAUGAUAUGUGGCAGCUUCACAUUGAGCGCACAGCGUUCCAGAAGCGGUACCUCGAUCGCUGGACCGCGGCUGGGAUCGAUGCGAUUCUGUGCCCUACGACGCCAUUUGCGAGUGUGAAGAGUGGUGCUUUCAAGCAUGUUGGAUACACGGGUGUCUACAAUGUCCUUGACUACUCCUGCGUCUCCUUCCCGACUGGCUUGACAGCAGAUCAAAGCUUGGACACGCCUCUCGACUCUACAGAAAAGCCACUGAGCUCAGAUUGUGAGGCCAUCCAUGCCGAGUAUGAUCCCGAAGCGGUACAUGGCAUGCCUAUCAGCCUGCAAUUAGUUGCUCGGCGGUUAGAAGAGGAGAAGGCGAUCGCCAUGGUCAAACAUAUUCUUAACACGAUUUGA